AUGACAAGCGAAGGCAGUUCCGAUUAUGCCCCAUUGCUGGGGGAGGAUUUGGUAGAUCUACCGUCCCCAUCCCCAUCCCCAUCGGCUGAGGCCCCACCAAUAGCCAGACCACAGUUGGUGUGCACCUAUAUCAUUGAAAUUACACUGUCAAUGUACAUGGUCUCAAGUGUUCUCACCAUCCCUAUAAAUCAGUUCUAUGUGUACAACGAGGUCGCCAAAUCAUAUGGAAUUCCUAACUACAUCCAAAAUAAGGAUGCCAGUAUUUGUGAUAAGAAGAAUGACUCGGAGGCCGCAGACGUCUUCAAUAACAUUCAAAAAGAAGCAUCAGAACAGCUCAUGUACAUGUCUUUUCUCAGUAGCUUUACAGCUGUCAUUCCAACUUUCUUCCUUGGUUACAUAUCAGACAGGUUCGGGAGAAAGGUCUCAUUUCUGAUUACCUUAAUAGGGCUAUUUUUACACCAGCUUGUGUACAUCAUUGUGUUUUACCUUGAAGCCCCUCUGCCAUACCUUUGCAUUGGGUGUGCUCUGGAGGGUGUAACUGGUUACAUUUCCUGUGCCUUGAUGACAGCGUUUAUCAUGCUUGCGGAUGUCACCUCACCUGGAAAGCAACGUGGGUUCAGGAUAGCGUUAAUGGAGGGAAGUCUGGCAUCAUCUGCAGCAUUAGCAGUCAUGGGAGGGGGGUUCUGGAUCAAAUACUCUGGUUUCCUUAUCCCUAUGCUGUGUUCUACUGCGCUUUGUGCGGUUACCAUCCUCGUAUGGCUAGUGGUGGUACCGGAAACAAGGCCAUUCCGGGAGAACCACAGUCAUCGUGGCAUGAGUCUCAACAGUAUCAAGAGGUGCUUUGUAUUUUACUACGAAAAAACAUCACAGAAUAGAAGAGGUAAAAUGUCCGUUGUUCUGGUCAUUCUACUCACGGCAGCCACAUGUUUGGUGUCAAAGAGCAAUGUGGUGACUCUAUUCCUGUUAGGUCAGCCAUUUUGUUGGUCAGAGGUCCAUAUCUCUGUAGUGAGCUCACUUCAGAUUCUCAUCAACUGGAUAGCAGGGAUUACGUUUCUCCGGUUGAUACAGCGUGUGAUGCAAGAUGUGAGCUUACUAUCCUUCGGCUGUUUCAUGGGGAUGGUUGCCAUGAUUCCCUUAGCCCUUGCCCAGCAGAACUGGAUGAUCUAUCUAUAUAUGGUGAUAGGCACAUUUUCCGUUCUUGUUCUUCCAAUUUCAAGAUCUAUCUUGUCUAAGAUGGUUUCACCUGAAGAACAAGGGGCCUUAUUUGCAGGGAUAGCAGCCAUGGAACACCUUGUGUCAGGCUGCGGUGUACUCUUGUUUGGAGAGAUAUACAAAGAUACUGUGACAUUCUUCCCCGGAUUGGUUUUCUUUGUCAUAGCAGGAUUAAUAUUGCUUUCAUUGAUUCUGUCGGGAUUACUGCAUGUAUGGAUUAAACGUGGGCAUGGUAAGGAAUUGGAAAUCAGCGUUGUAAAAGAAAGCUAAAUUAUAGAACUUUAACAAUUUUGUUAAGUAAACAGAGAUCAGAAUCCACAUUUCUAUAUAUACUUAUUCAUUUAUUCACUCAAUGUAUACAGAAAUAGAGGGAAGUGAUCAUUUAAUGUGUGACACGGAACUUUAAUGUGAUGGUAGAGUUUUACUGAUCUGUAUCUCAGAGUUUUUACAUAGUUUAUAUGGAAUACUUGUUAUUAUAUAUAGAUAUAUAGUUUGUAUAGCGGUUCCUCAAUAAGAGAUGGUGGGUUAUCAUGUUUCCCUAACUUGAUUUAGUUAAUUAUCAAAUUGUUUAAAGGUACAAUGUACAAGUUUUACAGAGUGUCUUUUACAAUUUUAAAACUAACUAAUGAGAGAUGGAUACACAUGACAACCCACCACCAUAAGAUUGGGGACCGUUUUCUCCAGUCUCCCAUAACAUUCAUCAUAUCAUAUCUAGAAAACAAUAUGUUUCCCUUGGAAAUGCAUCAUUUUGUUGACGAUUGUGGAAACAAAUGCCAUGAAUCAUGACAUCACGAUAGAAGAUGAUGGUGCCAAAGCAUUGUUCGUGACAUCAUGAUUAUGACAAAGCCUGAGUUUCCUCUGGUCCUGACACCACAGACUUAGACAUUUUGACAGAUAGAUGUCUGGAG